GGAUACGCAAAACAAAGCAAUUUAUUUUUGACGUUUUCUAGACAGCGGAUUGGCUGCCUCACUCUUCCCCUUCCUGCUUUCGUGGUCUCACAGAGAGGAGAGAGAGGAUGGAGGUUGCUGAAGAUAUUGACUGUGAGAACAAAAGUCAGCAGCAGAAGAGGACGAGGAGGGUAGGAUUGUUGUACGACGAGAGGAUGUGUAAGCACUCCACACCCGACGGCGAUCCUCAUCCGGAAAACCCCAAUCGAAUUAAGGCAAUCUGGAACAAGCUCCAAUCAGCUGCCAUUCCCCAGAGGUGUGUUGUUUUGGAAGCAAAAGAAGCAGAAGACAAGCAUAUCUUGUCAGUUCACACCAAAAAACAUGUUGAUCUGAUUAGGAAUAUAAGCUCCAAACAGUUUAAUUCACGGAGAAACCGGAUUGCAUCGAAAUUCAAUUCCAUAUAUCUCAAUGAAGGAUCAUCCGAAGCUGCCUACCUUGCUGCGGGCUCUGCCAUAGAGGUGGCGGAAAGAGUUGCCAAAGGCGAACUGGAUUCUGCCAUGGCUAUCAUUAGGCCUCCAGGACAUCAUGCGGAACAAGACGAAGCUAUGGGAUUUUGUCUGUACAACAAUGUAGCUAUUGCAGCAAGUGUCCUUUUAAAUGAAAAACCAGAACUGGGUAUCAACAAAAUUUUAAUCGUUGAUUGGGAUGUGCAUCAUGGUAAUGGUACUCAAAAGAUGUUCUGGAAGGAUCCUCGUGUUUUAUUCUUCUCGGUUCAUAGGCAUGAGUUUGGAAGUUUUUAUCCAGCUAAUGGUGAUGGCUUCUAUACGAUGAUUGGAGAAGGACCUGGAGCAGGAUACAACAUUAAUGUCCCCUGGGAAAAUGGCCGGUGUGGGGACGCAGACUAUUUUGCAGUUUGGGACCAUAUUUUGGUUCCUGUUGCCAAGGAGUUUAAUCCCGACUUAAUUAUAGUCUCUGCAGGAUUUGAUGCAGCUGCUGGUGAUCCUCUAGGGGGUUGUCGUGUCACGCCAUAUGGAUACGCAGUUAUGUUGAAAAAGUUGAUGAGUUUUGCCAACGGAAAAAUCGUGUUGGCUUUAGAAGGAGGAUACAAUCUCGAGUCUAUUGCAAGUUCAACUCUUUCUUGUGUUGAAGUUCUGCUGGACGACAAUCCUAUUCAUGGGUCUUCGGAGGCAUACCCAUUUGAGUCUACAUGGCGUGUGAUACAAGCGGUUCGCCGGAAACUAAGUGCUUUCUGGCCAUCACUUGCAGAUAAAUUACCAGAGACGCUAACCAAUCAAAAAACUCCUCCAGCUUCGGAGAACGAGAGUGAAGUACCCUCGUUGGUGAGGUGCCCUCGAUUGACCAAACUGCCAACUACCAGUCCCCAGUCAGCGGUUGAGGCGGCUGGCCAUGUCAACCCUCCUGCGGCCGAAGUAGGUUCGGGACAUGAAGCGACGCCUCCAGUCGAGCCAGAAGCGACAGCAGAAAUGCUGGUUCAUCCUCAGAACCAAAAUCUCAUUCCUCCUCAGGAGGUCACUUCGACUUUUUAUAUUGUGACCUCAAGCUCUGAUUCUGAAGCGGAGGACAACGAAGAUCCAAAAAUCAUAUCUAAACAUCUUGAGGAUGUUCUUCAAGAUGUUAUAGAGCCCUUCUCGAAGUUGAAAGUUGACGGAAGUAUUCAAGAUCAUGUGGCAAGUAAUUCUUGCACCUGGAGGUCAGAGCUUUCAAAGGUCGAUAUUUGGUAUGCCUCUUUCGGAUCAAAUCUGUGUUUGGAAAGAUUUCUCUGCUAUAUUAAAGGUGGACAGAUGGAAGGUAUGAAAACGCCAUUUCCUGGUUGUGCGGACAAAACUCCCCCAAAGGAGAUUGUGUGGAAGACUUUCCCUCGUCGCUUGUUCUUUGGUCGUGAAUCUACACAUACAUGGGGUCCUGGAGGGGUCGCUUUCCUUAAUCCCGAAAGCAACAUCCGGGAUAAGGCUUAUAUGUGCCUGUAUAGAAUUACGCUUGAGCAGUUUAACGAUGUAUUGGUCCAGGAAAACGUUGUGAGUUUUCCUGUGAACUCUCCUUUGUUUGACUUGACUGGUUUAGACUCGGUCACUCGUGAGGAGCCUCAUUCUCUACAGGUUCACCUAAAGGAGUGUUGGUACAGUAAUGUUGUCUACUUGGGCAAGGAGCAUGAUAUUCCGAUACUAACAAUGACGUGUACAAAAUCAGAAAUGGAUGGCUACAAAUCCGGAGAGUUUCCGUUGUGUGCUCCGGCCAAAAAUUACGUCAACACAAUAGCGAGGGGCUUGGUGGAAGGAAAACAACUCUCACAGGAGGCGGCUAUGGCUUACUUACAAGAAGCUUCUGUUAAACCAUUGGGAUGACAACUUUUCAUCCUCUCAGCAUUUGUAAAUCUAGCUCAUUUGUAUAAUUCCUUAUGCCGGAAACGGAGAUUUAUGGCCUUCAUAAGGCCAAACGUGUAACGUAGUUGAGAUGUUCUAGACGUUAAUAUUGAUACUGUAGUUAGCACCCUAAAAAGUUGAAAUGGAUCAUAUUAGUCUCUCUGCCUCUAAGCAGAUUAUCAAUUGUUACUAUUGUUCACAAGUA